UUCAUUUUAAAAAAUAUUUUGCAGAUCAAAUAAUUUAACAAUUAAAUACUAUGCCCAACGAGUUCUUAGAUAUAUUCGUCACGAAUGCCUUCAAAUCACUUGGAAAAAUUUUCUUAGCCUUCCUUCUUCUUUACAAAUGCUAGAGAAAGGUGCAAUAUUAUUAGCUCAGUGGUGUCAACCUACUGAAAGAAUAUCUGAAGAUGAUGUCAUAUCACAGUUGGAAUAUUUAACACAUUUAACGAAAAAUGAAUUACAAAUAAGGCAUCCAAAGCAUCCUUUAUUGCAAACAGAAUUAAUUAGAAGAGAUGUGUCAUUGGAAAAUUCACUUUGGCAACCAGCUGACUGUAGAAGUAUUUUGUCUUGUAUUACUACUGUUCUUUUUAACCAACAAGAAUUUAAUGGAAAUCGUGAUGACUAUUAUUCUGCUCUGAAUUCCUAUAUCGAUCAGGUACUUACCCGAAAAACAGGAAUACCCAUUACUUUAUGCAUAAUUUAUGCAUCUAUUGCAAGGAGGCUUGGUGUUGUUUGUCACCCUGUUAAUUUUCCCGGACAUUUUCUUCUGAAGUGGCAAGAACAUCCCAGUUUGCCAACAGAUCAGAAGUAUACUUUUAUUGAUGCUUUUGAUUAUGGAAAAUUUUUAAGUCAGAAAGAUUGCAAAGAUUUAGUACCUGGUUAUUAUUCUCCAAUGGCAGAAAAUUGGUAUAAUACAAUUGAGCCAAUUCAGGUUUUUAAAAGAAUGUGCUGGAAUCUUGUUGAUGUGGGAAGACAGCAAGAAAGUAUGGGAGACGGAUUAAUGUGUCUUCGAAAUGCCUUGGAGCUCCUUGCCAUUCUUAGCCCAGACGAUGUAGAACAUCAGUUGCUACUUGCUCGGGUAUAUCUACAUCUGAACAUUAAUUUAACAAAAGUAAUGUCGCUUCUCCAAGGAAUAUCGUCUCGAGAUCCCACUUCGGUAGGAAUCGUGGAUUAUGUUUGUCAAGCGGCCCAAAGCCAAAUGGCUCUACAAAGGAGUCAUCAACAGACUAAAAAGGUCAAAAUAAAACACCGUAACAACAAUCUGAACAUUGAAUAUGCAGUUGGAAUGAUUAUGAGACACAAAAAAUAUAAUUAUAUCUGUGUUAUUUACGGUUGGGAUCCUAUUUGUGAAGCUAGUCGAGAUUGGAUAUAUCAAAUGGGAGUGUAUAAUUUACCCCAUAAAGAAAAACAACCUUUUUAUAAUGUUUUAGUCGAAGAUGGUUCCAAUCGCUAUGCAGCUCAAGAAAAUCUUGAACUAACUGAAUAUCCAAAACCUAUAUCACACCCAGAAAUAGGAAAAUAUUUUCAACAUUAUUGUACUACUCAUUAUGUGCCAAAUGAAGAAAAAGAAGCUGAAUAUCCAGAAGAUAAAUCUAUAAGAGAAGAAGUCAUUGCAAAACAUUUUCCACAAGAAAGAGAAGAUUAGAUUAUCUAAAUUUCAUCUUGUAAAGUAAACAUUUUGCAUUCAAGAUUUAUCAUUCCACUUUUGGAAAAAAAAAUGUGAUUUCUCUAAUCUAUUUAUGAAGAGAGGGAUAUAUUCUUGAAGCAGAUAAGAUUUUAAUAUGAUGUACAUAUGAAUACUUGAACAUAUUGCAUCUUUGUAUCAUAUGGAUUGUUAAAUGAACUAAUAACUGCAAUUUAUAUAAAGCCACUAAUAUUUUAACAUUUCCAUCUGCUUAAAAUUAUUCUUAAUCAGUGCAAUGUUUUGGUAUUGUGAUUAAUUUUUUUAAAAUAAAUCACUAAUGCAUAUGAAAUUGAAAUUAUAUGCAUUAUUUUGCCACUUUUUACCAAAAAUAUAUGUAUAGAAUGUUCUGUAAAAAGUGGAAAUUUAUUUUGUUUAAUGUAAAGUCAUUUUCCAUUAUUAAAAAGUGCAAUUUAAUGAAAUUGCAU